AGUAUACUUAUCGAUAUCCAAUAUGGCGCUCGUAAACAACCUCCCGACGUCCAUUUGUUUCCAACAGCCAAGAAACAUAGAAAAACGUCUUAAAAUAAUGAACUACAGUGCAUAAUUAUCUAAAUUCUAUCUUCUAUUGUUGCAAUUUGUUCAACAUGCUCUCUAAAUCAUCGAAAAUAUCUUAAUCAAAGUUCCUACAAUAGAUGCCGUCUAUGGAGGAGAAGGAAAGAGUGUGGACGGCCGUCUUCGACUAUGAGGCUAAUAGGGAAGACGAGUUAACUUUGAGAAGAGGAGAAAAGGUUCAAAUUUUAUCGAAGGAUCAUAGAAUUUCUGGAGACGUUGGGUGGUGGACCGGACAAAUAGAGGAGAAGAUUGGUGUUUUCCCAGCGGAUUUCGUUCACGAGAAAGUUGGAGAAGUUUCUCCUGAUUCCCAUGAUAACGCCCGACCGUUCGAGAUUGAUUUCAAUGAGCUGAGCUUAGAGGACGUUAUUGGAUUGGGAGGAUUUGGCCAAGUUUAUAGAGGUUGCUGGAAUGGUGAGGUUGUGGCUGUUAAAUUGGCCAAACAGGAUCCGGAAGAGCCGUUAUCCGUUACCAAAGAAAAUGUUAGACAAGAGGCUAAAUUAUUCUGGUUACUUAGCCAUCAAAAUAUCAUUCUGCUUAAAGGUGUUUGUUUGAAGGAACCUAAUUUAUGUCUAGUUAUGGAAUAUGCUCAUGGAGGGUCAGUAAACAGGAUUUUAGCUCAGAGAAUUUUAUCGGCUGAUGUUGUGGUUAAUUGGGCUCAGCAGAUAGCUAAUGGCAUGCAUUAUUUACACGAUAAGGCGCCUAUGGCGCUUAUACAUAGGGAUUUAAAGUCCGAUAACAUUCUGCUGGCAGAAAGUAUUUCCUAUGCUGAUACUUCUCAAGAUUUAUUACGGAAGACCCUUAAAAUUACUGAUUUUGGUUUGGCGAGGGAACUGGGUCAUUCAAUGAGAAUGAGCGCAGCUGGAACAUACGCUUGGAUGGCUCCGGAAGUAAUAAAAAAUUCCCGGUUCUCUAAAGCUUCAGAUGUUUGGAGCUUCGGUGUUGUUUUGUGGGAAUUACUUACAAGUGAAAUUCCAUAUAAGGACUUUGAUAAUUUGGCUGUCGCUUAUGGAGUAGCAGUAAAUAAAUUAACUUUACCAAUUCCGAAAAGUUGCCCUCAGGAAUUUCAGAUGCUCCUCAACAGGUGCUGGUCGCCUGAAACAUCUGAUAGACCGUCAUUUAUUGAUCUUCUCACUUCUCUGGAGGAAAUAGGCUCCUCAGAUUUCGUUCAAACUCCGCAAGAUAGUUUCCGAACGUUGCAGGACGACUGGAAGAUUGAAAUUGCUGAUAUGUUCGACGAUCUCCGAUCUAAGGAAACUGAAAUAGCAAACAGGGAAGAGGAAUUAUUAAAAGCAAUUGAUUUACAAAGAGAGCAUGAUGAAAUGCUUAAGAGAAGAGAACGGGAGUUAGCCGAAAGAGAAAUUGAUUUGAUCGAACGAGAAUUAAAUAUGAUGAUUCAUCAGCAAUGUAAAGGGAAACCUUCUCCUAGGAAAAGGAAAGGCGUCUUUAAAAGUAGUCGACUGAAAUUGCUUGUUAAUAAGGAUAAAGGCAAGAGCAUUUCAACUCCCUCCGAUUUUAGGCAUAACAUUACUGUUAAGACAGAAAGUCCUGGUCGAUUAAGGGCCAUAGCAUGUCAAUUUUCCACUCGAUCAGCAGAUUUGAAAGACAAAAUUCCAAAAAGAUCGCUUUUCAAUGCACCAACCUCUACUAGUUAUCCGGUUUUGAGGGCACCAAAUCUAGCUUAUCCAUUGGAUGGUAUCAAAGGUAAAACAUGGGGUCCAAGCUCAAUUAAACAAGACAAAAAUAGCCAAAGGUCUUCUUGGUCAUUAGCUUCGGCCAAUGCUGGUUCAAGGGGUGCUCCAAAUAUAGAAAAAACUCUUACCUCUCUACCGAUUUCUCAACAUAGAGCAGCAGAUUCAGGUGCAAAUAUUGUUAGAGAAGUGGGUGAAUAUGACGACGAUGAAUGGCCGGAGAAUCUCGACCAAUUUACAAAAACUAUUGACAAACCUGUUCAAAUGAAUGGCACUGAAACGCCUAUGAAAAGGUAUGCCGUUAGAAAGCCUACCGAUAAUGUACUAUAUAUGAUGGCAGCAAUGUUAGCUGGUCCUGGAGCCGGUUUUGAUGUUCGUCUAUCAAAUGGUGCUGGAAUUCAUCCACAACUUUUGGCCUCUCAGCGAAGUUCAGCGGCUUCUACCCCAAGACGCCGUCUGACGUCUUCAAAUUCAUCGACUCCGUUCGCGACGCCUCGAAAAAUUAAUCAUAAUACCUAUCAUGGCGUUCAAACUCAUUACAGACCGUCCGUUAAUUUCGACAUUCCCGUACGAUUUACGGAAACUGAAUUCUCUUCCAACUCCAACACUCCAAUGGCGUCUUCCGCACCACCCCUUCGUACACCGAGCUCAACUGGAACUAGUAGCAUGGUGACAGCAUAUUCCGGUUCACCAAGUCCAAAAAAAUGUGACGAAAGAUUAGCCUUAAUGUCACUCUCCCCUUCACAAGAUAGAGAAUUUAUUGAGCUUACAAGGCAGCAUUCCGACGCUAGUAGUAGUAUACUGGAGACGCCAAAAACUCCUCAGCAUGUAACUUUCGAUAAUAAUGAAUCCUUAGAUGCCUUCCGGUUACCAAAUCCACCCUCUAAAAAUCGCAAAACUCAACCGACAGCGGAAAGACCUAUUACUUUAGACAUACAGCCACGGCCAAGACCAACACCGGCGUCUAUUCUAAGGAAAGGUGUAACUCCAACACCCUCUGAAUCGGUCGGAGAUGACGUCUCGUAUGUAUCGGCAAAAUCAACUGUUGAAGAGACCCCACCGCCUAAGCUAGAGCGUCAGGCAACGUUAUUGGAUUUAGACGUCUCAGGACAAAAAGAAGAUGCUACAAAACCUAUACGACCCGCCAAACAGGAAACAGAGUAUUUAUUUUGGAAAUAG